GCAGUUCCAAGGCCACACGGACGGCGCCAGCUGCAUAGACAUCUCGCACGACGGCACCAAGCUGUGGACGGGGGGCCUGGACAACACGGUUCGCUCCUGGGACCUGCGGGAAGGGCGGCAGCUCCAGCAGCACGACUUCACCUCCCAGAUCUUCUCGCUGGGGUACUGCCCGACGGGCGAGUGGCUGGCGGUGGGGAUGGAGAGCAGCAACGUGGAGGUGCUGCACCACACCAAGCCCGACAAGUACCAGCUGCACCUCCACGAGAGCUGCGUCCUCUCCCUCAAGUUCGCCUACUGCGGUAAAUGGUUUGUGAGCACUGGCAAGGACAACCUGCUCAACGCCUGGAGGACGCCCUACGGAGCCAGCAUCUUCCAG